UCUGCCGGGCGAGUAAGCAGCAAAGGAUAGAAGCUACCAGCCACAGCAGGAGCAAGAAACAAUCGACGGAGCAACAACGCGAUGACUGCUCAGCUAUCUGCCCCGUGGCUGUCCAGGGCUCCGACAGUGCCUGAGAGAUUUGUACCCAGUGGAGCCAGAAUAUGCCCAACAACUCUUACAACCUCAGCAACCCUCUCGUCUCAAUCUUCGACCAUCCAGAUAGUUGAAGUGAAAAAUCCUAGUUGGCAAGAAAGUGGAUAUGCCAAUUCAAACGCAUUCCAUGGCGACCAAGGGGAGAGCAUUUGGACUGAUCUUGACACUGAUCUUUAUUACUGGACAAAGGCAAUACGGCCAGUGCAGUGGUUCCCUGGUCAUAUUGCAAAAGCUGAAAAAGAACUUAAAGACCAACUCAAGUUGAUGGAUGUUGUGAUAGAAGUGCGGGAUGCACGAAUUCCUAUGUCCACAAGUCAUCCACAGAUGGAUUCAUGGCUUUGUAAUAAAAAGAGAAUUCUGGUUUUAAAUAGAGAAGACAUGAUAUCAACUGCAGACCGCAAUGCUUGGGCAGCAUAUUUUGCUAGGCAAGGCAUAAAGGUUGUUUUCUCCAAUGGAAAACUUGGAAUGGGCACAAUUAAGCUAGGCAGGUUAGCAAAGACAAUGGCAGCUGAUGUAAAUGUCAAACGUAGAACCAAAGGACUGCUCUCUCGACCGGUGCGAGCUGGAAUAGUUGGAUAUCCUAAUGUUGGAAAGUCAUCUCUAAUUAACCGUUUGUUAAAGCGAAAAAUGUGCGCAGCAGCUCCUAGACCAGGUGUCACUAGAGAAUUGAGGUGGGUACGUUUUGGGAAAGAUCUGGAGUUAUUGGACUCUCCUGGGAUACUUCCAAUGCGAAUCAGUGACCAGUCAGCAGCAAUAAAACUCGCCAUAUGUGAUGACAUUGGGGAGAGAUCCUAUGAUGUUGCUGAUGUUGCUGCAAUUCUUGUACAGAUGCUCACAAGGCUCCCUCCGGUUGGUACAGAUGCUCUUCAUAAACGGUACAGGAUUGACGUAGAUGCUCUCCCUGGUAAAAUGUUUGUAGAAAAGCUUGCACUUAAUUUAUUUAAUGGUGAUGUUCAUCAGGCAGCAUUCCGCAUUCUGGCAGAUUUUCGUAAAGGCAAGUUUGGUUGGACUGCACUGGAGAGACCACCAAGGUGAUUGGUGGGCGUUGUUUUCCUUCAAUUGAAAAACAAGAAUUUGUGAUGCCUGAGGCCUCUCGCGCCAGAACUCAUUCACUCACUGAGGUAUCAGCGAGUAUCGAAUGACAUGGUUGAACAUAAAGCUUGCGACUUUUUGUUGUAAAAAUGCAAUGGCCAUUGAAGUUGGAGAUUGGGGCUCAGAAAACAGAGGAUUUGGCAGCUACGGCUUCCUGCUAUACGAUGCAUUUGGUCUGGAUUUUACCAAGUCUCGGUUUUGUAAUUAUGUUUAUAUAGCCUCGUAAUCAUAGAAGGCAGGGAAGACCAAAACCACAACGGUACCAAAAAUAAAUUGUAUGAAAUCACUAAUGGUUUGUAUAUAACAAGUAAUCGAUUUCUGAAUGCUACAAUACAACUUUGAUUCUGUCUUGGACAAUGGAGUAUCUAUCAGACUAAAAUAGUCCUUGUGAUUUAGUUAUCACUAAACAGGGAUGUCAUGUAUAACUUAAGACAUGUUUGUGUCUCUUUUGAAUUAGUUUAAUAUAGGCAUCAUCC